UUAAAAAGUUAUAGUUGCGCGCGAUAAAAUAUUUAAAAGAAUAUAAAAUAGUUAUAAAUAACGAAUUAUAGAAUUAUAUAAUGGAUAUUUGCAAUGUCAUGUAUGAAAGAAAAGAACAAUCGAUUUUAUAUGCUUCAUUUCCGCAAAUAAGUGAUUUAUGUUGUAUAAUUUGUGAAAUUGAUUUUAUUGAAGUUCGUGAUUCAUCAGCAAAAUCAAAUUUUCACUGGCAAACAAUGAAAUGUCGAUUACUUAUUCAUUUAAUUUCUGAUAUUAUUGCUUCACCAGUAAUGGGUACAGAAAAAUUUAUAUUCGUUAUUGCGAAUAAAAAAUUUUUUGAAACUGGAAAGUUGUUAAAAAUUUUAAAAAAUUUUAAAUUAGUGUAUCAAGGAUUACGAUCAGUUACAAUAGAAUUAUAUAAAAUUUGUCUUAUAUAUACGAUACAAACUAAAAUAGCCCCUUUGUGGAAUAAAGUUGGUGAAUAUUUAGUUCAAGGAAAAGAUUUUUAUAACUUUAUACAAGGAACCAGAGCAUUAAAAUUAGAUAUACUUAUAGAAGAAAAGAAUAUAUCUAUAAAACUUCAUGCAGAAAUAAUUAAAAUUCCAUAUAUAAAACUUGAAGAUUAUCUUCCGCCAUCUGUUAUAUCUCACUUUCUAGCAGAUCCUAAAGGAUAUAUUGACUUAUCUCAUUAUAAUCCUCCAUUUGUAUAUGUAUUACCAAGUACAAAAAAAGGAAAAUUAUUAUCUGUAUCUAAAGAACUUCCAGCAAGAUGUGUUUUUAAAGAUUAUGAUCAAUUACGUAGACAUUGGAAAAAUAUGGUAUAAAUAUUAAAUAUAUAU